GGCCAAGUCAGGACCUUUUCGGGGUGUAGUUUGUUAGAGGAGAGGGUCGCAGUGGUACACUAAUCUACGGCGUUUGAGGGUGGACACAAACGCAGCACCUCUAAUGAGCCGCUUCCUUUACUUCCCGGAAACACAAAGCUUCAUUCACCAAGAUGGCGACACUGACUGUAAGCCGGCCACAGCUCGGGGGUUUCAGUUUCGAAAACUGCAAGAGAAAUGCAGUUUUGGAAUGUGAAGCUAAUAAAGUGGGAUGCAGCUUGCCUGCUGCUCGGAAAACAGGAACUACCAUCUGUGGUGUUGUCUUCAAGGAUGGCGUCGUCCUGGGGGCUGACACCAGAGCCACUGAGGGCAUGGUGGUGGCAGACAAGAACUGCUCCAAGAUCCACUACAUCUCACCCAACAUUUACUGCUGUGGAGCAGGAACAGCUGCAGACACAGAGAUGACCACUCAGAUCAUCUCCUCCAACCUGGAGCUGCACGCCCUCUCCACAGGCAGGCUGCCACGCGUGGCCACCGCCAACCGCAUGCUCAAACAAAUGCUCUUCAGGUAUCAGGGCUACAUUGGGGCUGCUCUGGUCCUGGGUGGAGUGGACUGUAAUGGCCCUCACCUUUACAGCAUCUACCCUCACGGCUCCACUGACAAGCUGCCCUACGUCACCAUGGGCUCUGGGUCCCUGGCUGCCAUGGCAGUGUUUGAGGACCGCUUCAAGCCUGACAUGGAGGAGGAGGACGCCAAGCGGCUGGUGCGAGAUGCCAUUGCUGCAGGCAUCUUCAAUGACCUGGGAUCUGGCAGCAACAUUGACCUGUGUGUUAUCACCAAGGGCAAGGUGGACUACAUCCGGCCCCAUGAUGAGGCCAACAAGAAGGGGGUCAGAACUGGCGAGUACAAGUACAAACGAGGAACUACUGGUGUGCUGACGAAGGUGGUGACCUCGCUGGCGCUGGAGGUUGUGGAGGAAACUGUACAGACUAUGGAUACCUCCUAAAGUUCUUGUACAAUGUUUUUCUUGAUGUAACUUGCUCUCCUUUAGAAUUCCUAACACAAAUGGCAUGUUUUUCCAUGAUUUACAAUAAAAGUGUUUGAGCUGA